ACCUGGAAGGAGACGCGACUUCUGCAGGAGAGGAGGACCAGAAUAAUGAAGGAGACAGGGUAUCACCGACAGAGAAGAGCAGUGACCAGAAAAAUGAGGAAGCUGUUGGCGCUACAGAGCAUUCUGAGGGGGAAAUCACAAAUGAUGGGGAAAUCACAAAUGAUGGAGAAAUGGAAAUCGAAGGGGAAGUCAAAACCGAUGGGGAAGUCGAAAUUAAAGAGGAAGUGGAAACGGAAGAGGAAUUUAAAUUUGAAGGGGAAUUCGAGUCUGAUAUGGAAGCCACAUCCUCUGAAGGCAAAGUCAGUUCUACAGAUCUGACUUAUUCAGGGCUCAGUGCUGUGGGUGUGCCUGGAGGGGAAGCUGGCCCCACACACCCAUAUGAAGGAGCAAGGAGGGAAGCUGGUCUUGAAGACAGAGAGGCCCCCCGGCCAUCAGAACCCGCAGAAGUGGGGGUCAUCUCCACAGAGCCAUCCCAGCAAGUAGUAGGCUUAUCUGAGCAAAUGGGCCAGGAUGCUUCUCGACGGAGGGUUAGCAAAUCGAAAAAAUCCCAUGAAGAGCCCCAGCAGAAGGUCUUUCCUCUGGCAGCACGACACCACCUCAGACUGAGCCAGGGGAGCAGCAUCACAUCCUCGGACUUUGAUGAGCUGCUCCUGUGCAGGGAGGAGCCCUCUGCAGAGGAGCCAGUCAUCUUCCCAGAGGAGUCUGAGGCCCACCCCACCGAAGGAGCCCCACCCACGUUCCUGGACAGGAUCCAGCAGUUAAGCAUGGCCGAGGAAGGGGCUAUGGAGAGAAUGGAGUCCAAGGGGAGUGAUGAGGCUGAAGAUGACGCAUCCCAACUGGUGGUUUUGGACCCAGACCACCCCCUGAUGAUAAGAUUCCAGGCUGCCCUGAAGAACUAUCUUAACCGACAGAUAGAAAAAUUGAAACUGGAACUUCAAGAGCUGGGCGCGGCCACCAAGCAAAGCCGAGUCCAGCGGCAGGAGCUGGGGGUGGAGCUCUACGGGGUCCAGCAGCACCUGGCCCGCCUGCAGAUGCACCUCGAGAAGAGCCACGACCGCCACUCGCUCGCCGCGUGUGCGAGGCGGCAGAAGGAGGAGGCGCUGCGGGGCGUGCGGUCGCUCUACGCCAAGACCUGCGCGGCUGCCAACGAGGAGCGCAAAAAGCUGGCAGCUCUGCAAGCCGAGAUGGAGAACCUGGCCCUGCAUCUCUUCUACGUGCAGAACAUCAACCAGGACGUGCGCGAUGACAUCCUCGUGAUGAAGCAAGUUGUGAAGAAGUCCACAGUGGAGCAGAUGAGAGCCGAGACGGAGAAGAAGAAGCAGGAUCUGAUCGUGGACCAGCUCACCACCCGAGCCAACCAGCUGGAAGAACAAAUCGCCCUGUUUGAGGCUCAGUACUGUGCCCAGGCCGAGGACACCCGGAUUCUCAGGAAAGCAGUGAGCGAGGCCUGCACGGAAAUAGACGCCAUCAACAUGGAGAAAAAGUGCAUCCUGCAGCAGUGGGCCACCAGCCUGGUGGGUAUGAAGCAUCGUGACGAGGCUCACAGGACCAUCCAGGAGGCGUUCAGCGAAUACCAGCAUCAAGUCAAGUCCAUCGACAGCGAGAUCGAAGCCUAUAAGAAAUCCAUCGUGAAGGAGGAAGAAAAGAACGAGAAGCUGGCGAGCAUCCUGAACCGAGCGGAGUCGGACGCCAGCCUGAUGCAGAAACUGACCACGCAGUGCCUGACCAAGCAGGAGGCCCUGCAGAGCGAGUUCCACACCUACAGGCUCAUGCUGCAGGACACAGAGGACGAGCUGGGCAAGGCCCACGUGGAGUGCGCGGCGGCCAUGAGUGAGUUGCAGACCCUCCAGCAGACCACCCAGCAGGAGCUGGAGCUGAGGAGGCAGAUGGACACCUCCACUGUGGAGAAGCUGCAGGAGCACACAACCUCCAACAAGAUGACCAAGUGCUUCCACCAGCUCAUCCUGAAGGUCCAGAAGGAGAAGACCAACCUGGUGACACAUCUUUCCAAAAUUGAUGGUGAUGUCGCUCAGACCACCCUGGACAUCACAAACGCCAGCUGCAGGCUGGACAUGCAUCAGAAGACGCUGGCUGAGCUGGACCAGGAAGUGAAAAAAGUCAACGACCUCAUCUCCAACAGCGAGAACGAAAUCUCCAGACGCACGAUCCUGAUCGAGAGAAAGCAAGGCCUCGUCAACUUCUUCAACAAGCAGCUGGAGCGGAUGGUUUCUGAGCAGGGGGGGGAAGAGGUGGGGCCCCUGGAGCUGGAAAUCAAAAGGCUGAGCAAGCUGAUCGAGGAGCACAACAGCAGCGUGAGGCAGGCGCAGGGCACCUGGCUGCGCCUGCAGCAGGAGAUGGUGAUGGCCACGCGGGAGCGCGAGGAGCAGCUGGGCUCCCUGGCCACCUUCAAGAAGGAGGUCCGCAUCCUGGAGCAGAAGAAGCUGCGAAUAGAGAACAAGAUCGAUCAGGAGAAGGAGGAGCAGAAGGAGAUCGAGCGCCACAUGAAGGACCUGGACAACGACCUGAAGAAGCUCAGCGUGCUGAUGAGCAAGAGCCGCAGCAGCUCCGAGGGGCUGCAGCAGGACAACCUGGUGACCGAGAACGAGUUCCUGCGCUCGCUGAAGGCCUCUGAGAGGGAGACCAUCGAGAUGCAGGAGAAGCUGAACCAGCUCAGCGAGGAGAAGGCAGCCGCCCUCAACAGCCUGGUGGAGACAGAACACCAGAUCAUGCUUUGGGAGAAAAAAAUCCAACUGGCAAAGGAGAUGCGCGCCUCAGUGGAUUCCGAGACCGGCCAGACAGAGAUCCGGGCCAUGAAGGCCGAGAUCCACAGGAUGAAGGUCAAGCAUGGGCAGCUGCUGAAGCAGCAGGAGAAGAUGAUCCGCAACAUGGAGCUGGCUGUCGCCCGGAGAGAGACCAUUGCGAGCCGGGCCGAGGGGCAGUGCAAGACGGACAGGAAGUUGCUCACCCGGACAGACUUCCACCACAAGCAGAUGGAGCUGCGACGAAAGAUCAGGGACAUUCACAAGGCCACUGAGGAGUGCACCAAAGUCACCUUGGAAUUGGAAGAAACUCAAAACUGUGUGAGCAACUCCCUCCUGGAGAAGCAGGAACAGCUAUCAGCGAUGCAGUCCCGUGUGGAUGAUAUAGAAGCUGACCUGGACCGGCUCGUGGCCCUUAAGCGACAGAACCUUUCCCAGCUCGUGGCCCUGCAGACGCGCCUCAAGCACCUCCAGGCUGUGAAGGAUGGCAGGUAUGUGUUCCUGUUCCGCUCCAAGCAGUCACUGCUGGCAGAGCGCAGGCGCCUGGAGGACCGGCUGGCCAUCAUCAGCACCAUCCUUGACCACGUGAAGGACGAGUACCCCCAGUUCCAGGAGGCCUUGCUCAAGGUCAGCCAGAUGGUCGCCAACAAGCUCGAGUCACCGGGCUCCUCCUAGAGAACAGCCUGGACCCCACCUUCCCAGGCCGGCCCCCCAGGAAGAGAUUAGAAUUUUGUGUAUUAUCAGGGACUUAGAAUCUUUCUGGGUCACUGAAAGCCAUGUCUACCCUCAGAGAUGACACCAUUUAAGAGAAAUA